UUGGCAGUUGUCAUGGUGUGCCUAAUACACUUAUCUUUCCCCUAUUAAUAAACGGGUUGAGAAAAUCCGACCCGGUAAAGACCGAAGCUACCUUGGUUUUGCAGAAAUGGCUUGUCACUCAAGUAAAAACAAGUACUAGAGCAAAUCAAUUCUCCGUCUAAAAUAAAACAGUCACUUCUUAGCUACUAAGGAUUUGUUUUUCUAAAGCUGUAAUAAAUCUGAUCAAAGAUGUUUCUCACUAGAACUGAGUAUGAUAGAGGUGUGAACACAUUCUCUCCUGAAGGAAGAUUGUUUCAAGUUGAAUAUGCUAUUGAAGCCAUUAAGUUGGGAUCGACGGCAAUUGGGAUAAAGACUAAGGAAGGCGUUGUUCUUGCUGUUGAGAAGCGAAUUACCUCUCCACUUCUGGAGCCAAGCAGUGUGGAGAAAAUUAUGGAAAUUGAUGAGCAUAUUGGCUGUGCGAUGAGUGGAUUGAUAGCUGAUGCAAGGACUCUUGUUGAACAUGCACGAGUUGAAACUCAGAACCACAGGUUUUCUUAUGGUGAGCCCAUGACUGUUGAGUCCACAACACAAGCUCUGUGUGAUUUGGCCCUGCGAUUUGGGGAGGGUGAUGAAGAGUCUAUGUCCAGACCUUUUGGUGUAUCACUUCUCAUUGCUGGCCAUGAUGAGAAUGGUCCGAGCUUGUAAGUAUUUGCUUUUCGUGAGAUUGUUGGA